AUGAAGCGAGUACCAGUGGGUUUAUCAUCAUCAUCUCCUUCUCCACGACUCCUCUCAACUCUGAUUUCUCACAUCUCAACAAUGACGUCCGUGGCCGUAUUACGCCAUGCGCCCCUCGUACGUGCCGUACAGUCGCGCGCGCUAGCAAUGGCCUCCAGCAGUAGCAGCGUACGCACCACCCCUGAUGUUGCCAUUCCUUCUGUGAACAAGAAUAACCAAGAGUCUCGCGUGCUCCUCGGCAUGUCCGAGCAAGACCUGCAGCAACUUGCCCUUGAUUUUGGUCAGCAAAAGUACAGAGGCAAACAACUGCAUCAUUUGUUGUACAAGAGGAAGGUUAAAGAAAUUCAGGAUUUUAGUCACUUGCCAUUGACAUUCAGGAACGAGCUGCAGGAAGCGGGAUGGAAUGUGGGUAGGUCACCUAUUUAUAAGGAAGUCACAGCUUCUGAUGGAACAGUUAAGUUACUAAUAAAGCUGCAAGAUAACAGGCUGGUGGAAACUGUUGGCAUACCUGUUGAAGACAGCAAAGGUUCACUUCGACUGACUGCAUGCAUCUCAUCACAGGUGGGUUGCCCACUGCGUUGUUCCUUCUGCGCCACUGGCAAGGGAGGUUUCUCGAGGAACCUUAAAAGCCAUGAAAUUGUUGAACAGGUUUUGGCAAUUGAAGAGAUCUUCAAGCGUAGAGUUACAAAUGUGGUGUUUAUGGGAAUGGGUGAGCCAAUGUUGAACAUGAAAGAAGUACUUGAAGCACACCGUUGCUUGAACAAGGAUAUUCAAAUUGGGCAAAGGAUGAUAACAAUUUCAUCUGUUGGAGUUCCAAACACCAUCAGAAAACUGGCGUCUCACAAACUUCAAUCUACGUUGGCUAUCAGCUUACAUGCUCCCAAUCAGAAACUUAGGGAAAAGAUUGUGCCAAGUGCAAAGUCAUAUCCACUGGAUGCAAUCAUGAAGGACUGCAAGGACUAUUUCCUUCAAACCAGUAGGCGGGUGUCCUUUGAGUACACACUAUUAGCUGGAGUCAAUGAUGCAGUAGAGCAUGCAAUAGAGCUUGCAGAGCUUCUUCAUGAAUGGGGUCCUGGUUCUCAUGUAAACCUGAUACCAUUCAAUCCAAUAGAAGGUUCUGAGUAUCAGCGUCCAUAUAAAAAAUCCGUUCUUGCUUUUUCAGCUGCUUUAGAGUCUCGUAAAGUUACUGUUAGUGUUCGUCAAACACGAGGAUUGGAUGCCAGUGCAGCCUGUGGUCAACUCAGGAAUGAGUUUCAGAAAAUACCUCUGCUUGCUAGCGCUGAAGUCCAGCAACCUCAAUUAGAGAUGGCCAUUGCUUCUUGAAACUCUUCUUUGGUUUCCUCUUCUUGUUGUAUAACAUGUUCUUACUUCUCCCUCUAUACCAACAACGAAAGAGCUCAUUGUGGCAGGUGGGUUGAGCGGCUCUAGUUUUUGCAUAUAUUGAUUGUUUCUUGAUGAUUCUUCGUGACAAGCAGCAUGGAAGAAGUUCAAGAGAUGUGUAUGGGCUGCUGUUGAACAAGGUAAAGUCGACCUUAUCGAGGCCCCAGGUUCGAAUUGACAAAGGCCAUGGACAGGAAAAAAUGGAUGAAUCGGGGAGCUCAUUAUUUGUGUACGUAGUCCAAAGUUUAGAACCAAACUGAUCUGUACGAGCAAGUACCGGAAUUGGUUCUUUAAAUAUAUAUUGUCUUGUUUUCUUGGUUAAUAGUUUAUCUGAAAUGCGAAUUUGAUUCACGACGCAACUGAUAUUCAUAAAUAUUUGGUGGUAGUAUUUCAGUUAA